ACUAAGCCUCUCUUCUCCCAAAGGUCCAAAACCAAAGAGCUCUACUCUCAUCUCUGCUCUCAAAUGGCCAAGGUUCAUCCUCUCACAGUAGUACCACCCACUGAAGAUGCUUCUUCAAGUAGUACUACUUCAUGUUCUACCAAAUACAUGACUUUAAAGAGAGAAACAUUCACAGUAUGGAUGAAAUCGCUUGUGAUGCAAGGAAAUGGAUGCACAGCCUUCAACGAAAAUGGCGAGGUUGUCUAUCGAAUCGAUAACUACGAUGACAAGCACAGCGAUGAAGUCUUCCUCAUGGAUCUCCACGGCAAGGUCCUCUUCGGUCUAUGUGAGCACAAAAUGGGACUGUUUACUCGUUGGAAAGGCUACGCAGCCGACGGGGCUAAGCCGAUGUUUCGAGUAAAAAAGAGUUGCAGAUCAAUCCUUGGAAACAAAGAGUCAAGUUCAUACAAAGUAACCAUGGGAUCUGAUGGCAGUUUCUACAGGCUGCAAAGUUCGGCAGCCGGAAAAUCAGCAGCGUUCAGAAUAACAGACAGUAACGGAAGAGUUGUGGCGGAGGCGAAGCGAAAGCAAUCGUCUUCAGGAGUUGUGUUGGGAGAUGAUGUGCUGAGUUUGGUGGUGGAGGCUGAUGUAGAUCACUCCUUUAUCAUGGCUGUUGUGACUAUCUAUGGCUUAAUCAAGCGUCAAAUAUGA